AUGCGCUCUCCUUAAAGAGCUGUUUCCCCAAUUAUUUAAGUUGUUCCUUAAGCACCUUAGUAGCAAGCUCUUUCCGACAGUUUAAUUAACAUGAAAAUGGAAAAAGUCUUAAUGGGAUUUGAAAUUUAAAGAUUAAAUUGUGUAUUGCUUGAAUUGGAUAGGAAAAGAAAUGCUAUGAAAAAUACAAUAUAAUAACAUCAGGAGAGGGAAUAAGUUUUGCUACUUGAAGUAUAGAGUUAGAAAUAAGAAAUAAACGAAUUACAACAGAAAGAAAAAUUAGCAAGGGAAAAAUUAAAUUCUUUUUUAAGAUAAGCAAGCCAAUAGGAAAAUUAGAGCAAAGAUCAAUCAAAUAAAUUAGAGGAAAUAAGAAAACUCUAAGAUGAAAAUAAAUUAUUAGAAUCAAAACUAUCCUAUUUACUUAGUCUAAAUCAAUUAGAAAACAAAUAAGAAGGUACUUCAAUAAAAAAGGCUGAAUAACUAUCUUUUUCAAAGAAUGAAUAUUUACCUGAACAUUUACAAAAUGCAUUGAGCAAUCUUUAAAAUGGAAUUUCAUAAUAUAGAAAUGGUAAUUUAAUUUAGAAUAAAUAUGCCAAUGCUUUAACUAUGCUGGCAGAAUUGAUAAAUUCUCAUAAUAAUCUCUUACAAAAAUUGGAUAAAGAUUAAGAUGACUAUGAAGUCGAAAUCUAGUAAAUAUAAAUAUAUUUGACUUCAUUAAAUCAAGAUAUUGAAGCUUUGAAACGAUAUGAAACACCAAAAGCAGUAAGAAGAAUCUUAAACAAUUAAAGUCCUUUAUAAGCAAGAUCAUAAUCUCCAUCAUUAUCAUCUGAAGAGGUAUUUUCAAAAAUUAUGACACAUAUCGAACAUCUCCAACUUGAUCCUCAUAAUGUACCAACAAUUAUUAAACAAAUUUCUUUAUUAAAUUCAUUAGUUAGAUUAAAGAAUGAAGAUUUAAAAUUGAUUGGAAAUAAUACUAAAUUAAGGGGAUCUCCUGUCCGAUAUUCAGUAGAAAGAUCCAAUGGAAGUAUCAGAGUAUUGACUCCAAUAAAAUACAUAAGUCCAAUUAGAGUAUCUCCAACCAGACACCACACUUACAACACAAAUGUUAGCGUUCCCCAAAGGGUUUCCAUUAUUCACCCUAAUAUAUCAGACUCGAUUUAAACUUAACAAAGACCAGGCAUAGCAGAUUCAUUCCCAUAAUAAUCAAAAGACGAAUUUUAGAAUGCUUUAAGCUAGUUUAGAGAUAACUAAGACAGAUUAUAUUAAUUAGAAUAAGAGAGAUUAAGUUUCUAGGAAUAAAUUUAAUAUUGGAAACAAAAAUUCGAAGAUGAAAUAGAAAAAAAUAAUCAAAAUCUAUCCCCAGAAAGCAUUGAAUAAAAACUAUUGAAAGAAGUUAAAAAGAAUUAAGAAAUGUUUUCUGAAAUUAUUCUACUAAAAUAAGAGAUUUAAAAACUCUAGAAAUAAGUAGAUUUUGAAUAGGAAAAGUUGCAUGAUCAAGCUAUCAAAUCAAUAGAAUAGCUAUCCUAAUAAGAAAAAAAAAGCCAGAACUUAGAAAUAAUAUAAAAGAAACUCGAUUAAUAAAAUUAGGAAUUUAAAAAGAUAAUUAUAAGUAAAUGA